AUGGCAGUAAAAGCCAAAUUCGUUAAAACAUGCCAAUAUACAGGCCGAUAUGUAAAUGUGGAAUUAUUUGGCGGUAUAAUCGCAGAAUACAAAACGGCAUUGAUCAAUAUUCAAACCCCAUAUCUAACUGGUCGUGUAAUUGCUGUGGUCACUGACAAUGGAUCAUAUGAUCUGAUCAUCGGAAACAUAGUGAACAACGAAACUAUUUCCCGAGUGGAAAUCGACGAUUGGGUACAAAGGGAAAUAAUUCAGGUGGUCGAAACAAGAGAACAAGCAAGAAAAGCAAGAGAAAGCAACAAAAGUCAUGAACCACCCGUCGACCUAAGUAGUCAUCAAGCAGAAGGCCAACAGAACAAUGCCAUGGAUAAUACUGAGGCCAAAAACAUUUGGGAACCAGAAAAAUUUCAGCUAGCACAACAAGAAGACCCGUCACUAGAAAAGAUAUUUAGACUCGCCCGUAAACACUCAAUUACUACAUCGAGGUCAUCAGAACACUCUUUCUUUAUUAAGAAUAACACGCUUCAAAGAAAAUAUAAAAGCAAAGGACAAGAAAUAAACCAAUUAGUAAUCCCACAGAAAUACAGAGCACAAAUUCUACACCAUGCACACGACCUUACACUUGCAGGACACAUGGGAAGAAAGAAAACAAAACAAAGAAUUGAAACUACCUUCUACUGGCCGGGCAUGGACAAAGACAUCUCACAUUGUGAGGAAAAUGAAAACUGGAACAGCAACAGCUCAGAUGGUGUGACACUGGCACAGUCUGAAAAUGUGUAUAGUGGUGAUACAUUCAUAUCUGAAUCACUGAGUAAAAAAACAUUAGCUGAUGCAACAGAAAACACAACAGCAGAUGUUGUUAGCACCAUUCAAACUGAGACCAGCUAUAAUUCCAACACGUUCAUCUUGUUGGAAUCAGAAGAUGAAACAAAAACAGAGAGUGACUACUCAUACACUGAAAGCUAUGCUUCCUCCAGCGUUUUUUCUCCAAGUUUAAGCUCAGAAAGUUCAACAUCAAGAGAAUGGAGAGAUAUAACAGAAAUAGUGAAAGACAUUGAAGAACUGGGUGAGAGUGAGCAAGUCAAAAGGCCAGACUUACAUCAUAGUGAGGAAACUGACUGUGAGACAGAAAACUCGGAGACCCUCGAGCUAGCCAGACAGAAUUUUCUCAACAACAUAAUCCGUCGUCUAAAGCUGAGAGAUUUACAAAGUCCACGCAGUCUGGCAUUAGAUGCUCAGUCUGACUUGGAGGACCAAUCGUUUAGAGCACCUUUAUCUGGAACUCCAAAUUUUGCGGAAUCAAAGUUUUGUGAACAAAUGAUUCAAAGAUGUAAGACACCGAAGCUCAAGGUGGCUGAAACUCCAAAACCUGUAGAUAAUCUGUAUGCAAAAGCGUUAGAGAAUACCAAAGGUCAGGUGUUGGAGCACUAUGGCCUAAACUCUGCCAUUGUAGAAAGACUUAGGCUUGAGAACCUGAUGCUUACAAUGAACAAGAAAAUAAAAGACCUUGAUGGUGAAAAUAAGCAGUCAAAAUCAUACAUAAAACAUAACCAGUCUGUAUAUGAAGAAAUGGAACAACAAAAAUUUAUAUCGCUAAUGACAGCUCAUGUCCAGGCUCAAAGAAUAGAAGAUCAAAUCCAAGACCACUUGAUUAAAACGCAUCCUAUCAGAUGGUUUGGUGACUUAAUCAAGGAUUUGCCCAAUAUUGAUAGCAGCUCUAGCCAAAUAUUAUUACACUACCAGAAACAAGUAGAAAAACGUCUACAAAUAAUGGCACAGCAAGUCAACGAGACUUAAGUAUAAUAUUAUUAAUUUUAGUAUUGCAAACAUGAACAGUAUUAGGUCCCUUGUGAUAUAAGCCAUCGGAGUACGUGUCAUCUGUUAUAUAUGUAAUUUUAUGUUAAACUAUUAAAUAUUUAUUUUUAAAAUA